UUUUUUUUUUAUUGUUUUCCUGUUUUUGCACCAUGAACCGCAAGCUGCUGGAUCCGUUCGAGCCUGAGUACCCUGAGACAAUCGAAGCAUGUCUUGACGACGAAUACGCAACGUGCUGUGCUUACAUCUGGGACAUGGAUACGCUGAACAUUGUGCGAAAGCUGACACAUGGCGAUGCGCCAUUAAUGGGCGUGCGGUGGUCGCGCAGCUCCCGCCACGUGCUCACCUACGACGACGCCGGGCUGUGCAUUCUCUGGGACCUGCAGACCAACACGCGCACCUGCGAGCAAUUCGACGCACCCAUCCUGGACGCGCGCGUGCACCCGCGCAACCCGCACCUCCUGGUGGUCUGCCCGAUGAAGGGCAUGCCGUGGAUGGUCACUGCAGGCGGGACACGCACGAGGCUGGAGAUCGAGGGCCAGGCCACGUGCUGCUGCUUUGGCAAAAAAGGCAAGCAUAUGUUUUUCGGCACCACCAAGGGGUACGUGCAUGUUGUGGAGACCGAGACACUGGCACCGGUGUGCUCAUUGCGGCUGUCCUCGAGUCGCGUUGGAUCAUUGGCGGCGAAUGCGCGUGCGCCCGAGAUCGUAGCCAGUUCCUCAGACCGCACCCUGCGCGUCUGUCGGCUCACCGACAACUCCCUGUCCGCCGUGUUCAGUGCAUCGGGCGACUACAUUAUCGCCGGCAUUGAGCACCGUGCCGAGCACAACAUAUAUGUGUGGGACAAGCUGGCAGGCAGCCUGGUCAAGGUUCUCGAUGGACCGAAUGAGCUCCUGGAAGACUGUGCUGUGCACCCUUUGCGGCCCAUUAUUGCGUCGGUGUCGACUUUUGGUCUGGUCUAUCUGUGGACGCGCCUCGAAGAGAACAUCGACCAUGACGAGCCCGAGGACGAGUUUGACAAGAAAGUCACGUAUGCCGAUGGCCAUGUCGUGGUCAUUAACGAGGAGCGCGCGCGCAAGGACCGCCCGAACCCCGCUGACGAAGAGGAGGGCGAUGUGUUUGUGGAUAUCACAGACAACGACCCGUUCUUUAGCGACUCGGCGUCCGAAAUGGACGACGACGGGUUCAUUCUGCCUGUCGAGAUCCGUGGCGACGAUGGCGACGAUUUCCCGCUCGCCGAUGCCCCGCUGGCCACAUCCAAGCCGCAGACUCCUGAGCCUGAGCCUGCCACUGGCGGCCAGGUGAUUGUCGAACCCCAGUGA